AUGACGACCCUCCAGCCUCGCAGACCCUACACGGAUGAGGAGCUGCGGCAGCUCUACCCUUCUGGCCUCCAGCUUCAACAGGUGCAAAUCCUCCUCCGCCAUGGCGAGCGGACACCGGUCUCGCCACGAUUCCAGAAUGCUGGUCUCAGGCCCUUCUGGCCCUACUGCACAGCUGUCCGCCACAUGAGAGAUGCCGUGCUUGAGCGGGGGAAAGAUGGCAACGGGCAGGUCUUCACAACUCUGGAAUGGAAGCGUCGUCUCGAGACCUUUGGCCCCAAUGAUGUACCUGUCAUCGCGACCGGCCCUGGGGGUGAACUGGACAGUGUAUGUGACAUGGGCAUGCUCACGGACAAGGGGCGUCUUACGACUCUCGAGCUGGGUGAGCGCCUGCGCACUCUCUACGUCGACAGGCUUGGAUUUUUGCCCAAGACCAUCGACUCAGCCGACUUCAUCUACCUGCGUGCCACACCUGUCCCCCGUGCUCUCCAGUCCCUCCAGCAGACCUUUACAGGCCUGUACCCAUCGCAUACCCGCGCCGCCGACUUUCCACCACCCACUAUCCUGGCCCGGUCCCUGAGUGACGAGACGCUGUUGCCCAAUGAUAGCUCAUGUCGUCGCUUCGCCAUUCUAGCGCAGGCCUUUGGCCAGAGAACCGCUGACCGGUGGAAUUCAACGGAAGAGAUGGCCUAUCUCACCAAGAUCUACGGCAAAUGGCUGCCCGAGGGCAGUCCAAAGGUCGCCGUGGACGCGAAACCCCGCCUAUCCGGCAUCAUGGACACUGUCAAUUCCACAGACGCCCAUGGUCCGGAAACCCGACUGCCGAAGGAGUUCUACGACCCCAAAGCACGCCGGAUUAUUGAGAAGAUUGGCGUCGAAGAGUGGUUUAGCGGGUACAAGGAGUCUCAGGAGUACCGGAAAUUGGGUGUCGGCGGGCUGUUGGGAGACAUCACCGCCCGGAUGGUUGGCAGUGUGGAGCAGAACCCUGCAGACGGCGAGUAUGAGCUCACGCACAAGUCUGGACAGGGCCACCGGGCUGUGAAAUUCGGCAUGAGUGGUUGUCACGACACGACCCUAGCCGCGUGUCUGAAUAGCGUGGGCGCUUUUCCUGGUGACCAAUGGCCCCCAUUCACAAGCCACAUCGCCUUUGAGCUUUUUCGAAGGGCCAGUACCCCUACAGCGGUGCAGGGCAACAACGGAGCUAUCAAAACCGUUGAUGCUGCCGCGGCUUCUUCUACGACGAGCUGGCUGCGGUCUUUCUUUUCAUUUCGAUCGGCCGCUGGACAGCCACCAGCGGGGAUUGGUCGGAAACCUACGGAAGAGCUGACCGAGACCGAGAAGAGCCAAUUGGAUGGCUACUACGUCCGUAUUCGGUACAAUGACGAGGUAGUCAAGAUCCCUGGUUGUAAGCCACAGGGCAACCACUUUGAGGGAGAUGAGAGCAUCUGCACAUUGGCUGCCUUCAAGGCGAUUGUUGACAAAUUCACACCCAAGGACUGGAAGGAGGAGUGCAAGAGGGGCAGAAAUGAGCCCGCUUUCCCUGUCCGCGAGGAGCCUGCUGGAUACUAGCCAGGAACAUUCUUCCUUGAGACCGUAUGAUACGUGGCUUGCGGCGGCAGUUUUAGGCACAGAUAGACUCGACUCACUUUGCACACCCAGGGAUAUAUGAUUGGAUCCUCAGGGAAUGGGUAAUAGAGGCACAGUUCUAAGU